AUGAGAAGCCACUUAAUUCUUACAUUUAAGGAUUACUGGCGCCAAUUUCUGGAACCAGGUGAUGUGCGCCCUGAGCCCAGCGGUAUGGGUCGAACACCAGCUGCCCCUAAUACUCCUUACGCACCUUCGUGUGUGGACAGAAGCAUGUUGGGACCUGUCACAGUAUCGCCAGCGGCACCAAAUCUUCUUAGGCCGAUUCCACGACGGCCACAGAAAUUUUUUGAUAGCCCCAUGUGA